CUGAAAUAUGCAGCUGAACAGGCGCAAAGCUUGAAGGCUGCCGCUCAGCUGAAAAGUAGGCAACAGAAAGUGAACUAACAAAAUGAAACGGUGCGCCGAGAAGCAGGCAACAGAAAAUGUUGCCAGGCAUUUAAAUGCUUUAUUUCAAUAAUUGCAGCAAUUAAUGUAUUAUACCAAAUUAACAAGAGCAACAAACGAACAUGCAAAAAAAAAAAAUACUAUAAAUAAAUAAAAUUAAUGAAAUCAGCAAGCGAGCAAUACAACAAAAGCAACAACGCACAGCUAUUUAAAGCGCAAGCAUAAUUAAAUUAAUUGUAAAUAAAUGUCAAAAAAAAAAACAGCAGCAGCAACAACAACAAGAAAUGAAACUACGCACGCAACAACGCACAGAUAAACAGUUUAUCAAAUAAAUAAAAGAGCAACAAAAAUAAAACCGAAACCGAAAACGAAUGUGUUCAGUACUCGUAUAAUUUAGCGAAUUUUUUGUGGUGCCAUUCAGCGUUUCGCAACAAGUAAAAAUAAUUAAUUAUAGAUAAAUGUGUGCGACGUGUGUGCGAGAUACACCCACACACACCCGCACUCAUAGAUAAAUAAAUAAAUUGCCGAAAAAAAAAACAAAACCAACAACUGUUUAAUAAAUGACUGCAUUAUAUAAAUGAGCUUUUAGUUUAAUUAAUCGCCAAAUAAAUAACACACUCACACACACGCAUACAUGUGCAGCUCGUGCGUGUGCGUGCGUCGAUUUGUGUGUAUGCGUUAGCUGUGAAGCCAAAUGCAUGGCAGCAGCAACAACAGCAACAACGACAACAACAAGCGCAACAAACAUAGCCACAUCAAUCAACAAAAACGCAUUUCCAUCUGCAACAACAACAACAACAACAACAGCAACAACUACAACCACAACAAUAGACGCAACAACGCCUCAGUGCAACAGGAAUAAGUUAGCCACGCCCAAGAAUUUAGCAUAUAGCCAUAGCUGCCAAAGCUGCCAACGCUGCUGCUGCUGCUGUUGUUGUUGUUGUUGCCGCCGUUGCUGUAAUUCAUUCUGGCCGCCCCAAUACAACAACUUCAACAACAACAAAAACAACAACAACAUCAAACAAACAACGAACAGCGCCAACCAAGUGAACCAAAUAACAACAACAGCAAAAGCAACGUCGCCCACGAAGUCGGCGCCAGCAGCAACGUUGGCGUCGGCGUUGCCGCCACCGCCACCGCCGCUACCGCCAGCAACUGCCAGAGCAGCAACAACAGCAGCAGCAACAACCAGAAUAAACAGCACGCUGCCAACAACGACGGCGGCGGCAGCAACAGCACCAGCAGCAGCGUUGCCCCAGAUCCCAAGAAAACCUUCUCGCUACACUGCUGUUGCGUGAUCGUCGACAUUACACCCGUCUCACAUCCGGUGGCACGUUUGACAUCAGCAACAACGGCCUCGGGAAGGGAUGCGGGGGCUGGCGCUGGCGCCGGCGUCGGCAGCGGCGGCAGCAGCGGCAGCGGGUUGGGCCUCGGUGAAAAUGUCUCUCAGCUGGCGAGUCAAUUGUUUCGCUUUGGCAGCAAGAAACGCACCGGCGUCUGUAUCUGCAAUGCCCAGUGUCGGCUGCAGUCGCUCGGCGAGGGUGCCGCGCUCACGACAACGCAUCACGGCUCGCUGGAUCGCUUACUCCAGCAACAGCAGCAGCAACAACAACAACAACAACAACAACAACAGCCAACACAACAGCAACAACAACAGACGCAGCUGCCACCGAAGCAGCAGUCGAGCGGUGAACGUUGCAUAAGUUGGGUCGCUGAUAGCGGCGCCGGCGUCGGUGGUAUUCCCAGCUCCGAUGAAACCAGCGAGGAUAAGCAGCAAAAGAAGCAGCAGCAGCAGUUGGAGGAGGCACCACCGCCACGCCCACCAGCGCGUCAUGGCGCCGGCAAGCCGCACAGCGUGCGUGAGGAAUUUGAAAGGGGCGUGGAGGUUGAAAAGUUCUACCACCAAAUCAACGGCGACAUCUUUGAGAUAACGCGACGCGUGCGCGCACGCGAAGAGGACACCAUGGAGCAGCGCUGCAUCCGGCGCAAGGGCUCCGUGCGCCUCACUGAGCCACACUAUGUGCGUCUGCCCGACCAAAAGCCGCAGCUGCCGCCGCGUCGCCAAAAGAGCGCCGAGGAGGUGACCAUGCCAAAGAGUGCGCUGCGCCAGGCGGCGCCCGAGCCACAGCUGGAGUGGUUCGAUCGCAAGGCACAGCAGCGUCAUUCCGCACGCUCCGCCGAGGGUGGGCAGGUGCGCGAGGAGACCAUGGAAUGGCUAAAGCUGCAGAAGAGCAGUGCCGCUCAACAGCAGGCGCCCGCGCGCACCUCCUCCGGCCCCAGUGAGAUCACCGUGCUCAAGGAUGAGCUGCCCGAUUGGCUGCUGGAGCAUUUGCCGCGUCAGCGCGAGCGCCAGUCCACAACGGAGAAGCCCGUCAGCUCGGCGUAUGCCAAGGCAUUGGCCGAGCUGCUUAAGAAGCCACUCUCCCGCCAGAGCUCCGGACCUUGCGAGGUGUCACUGCUAAAGACGGACAUAGUCGAAUGGCUGACCAAGAUGCAGUCGACAGCUGGCAGCAAGUCGUCCCGUCGCUCGCAUCAUCGCCGCAACGGCAGCAGCGGCGCUGCGCCGCGCUCCAACUCGCAGGAGGAUCACGCGGCCACGGAACAUGCUGCGCUGCAGCGCAAACGCCACUCGCUGGGCCACAGCGAUGAGGAGCAACUGCAGCAGCAGCAGCAGCUGCCAACGCUGGACUGGAUUGCGUAUCCGCUGCACAAGCUGCAGUCGCUGGGCAAACCGCCGCCGCCCCCAUUGGCGACGACGACAGUGCCCAGCGGCUAUGAUGUGCCUGUGGUUGCCACCCACACGCAGCUGUGCCAGGAGCAGCGCCGACGCGAGGAACGCUCCCGGGAGCGCCGACUGCGCCACUCGGCCAGCGAGGUGGUCAGCAGCGGAGCGCCGGUGUCCAGCGCAAGCGCACACCUGGAUCGACUGGAGCGUCUCUAUGCCAAGCCGCACAAGGAGCGCUAUCAGUAUGUGCCCAAGGUAACGCCGCCCAUGGAAACUAUCACCACCCACACCAGCAGCUCCGGCAAGUCCAAGCGCGAGCGUUCGCGUCGCCAUCAGACGCAGCGUUCCGCGACCGUGACGGAUAUGUCCGCUCAGCGUUCCAGCGGCAGUCACAAGCGUAAAUCCUCGAGUGCGGAGCGUGCGCCACGCUCCCGUUCGCCAUCGCCCUGCACAGAUCCCGCCUGCCCGCUGCUGCCCAUCUGCACAGAUCCGCACUGCCGCUACCAGGAAUGCCAACGGCGACGCUGUCUCACGACCUCGGCCAGCUCGGUGAACCUGGCGCGGCACCAGCAACUGGCCCAAGUGCAGCUGCAUGCGGUGCCCGCACAUUUGAUGGGCGGCUCCGAUGCCACAACGCCUUCGACAACGGCCACGCCACCACCACAACAGCAACAACAACAACUACAGCCACUAACGCCAGCAGCUAUUGCGGCACCAAUACCGGAGCGCCGUCUGGUCAUCUGCCACGAGUGUCGGUCGUGCGCGCCGCUGCUCAGCUGCCAGAAUCGCAAAUGCCUCAAUGCCGCCAAGUGCAACUCACUGCCUCGCUGUGCCGCUGAUUUCAAUCGGCUGCGCACCUCACUCGCCCAGCCGCCGGCGACACUGGACGACAUUGAGCCGGCGCCGCUUGAACUGGAACAGCAGCCGUUACCAUUGCUGCCGCCUGCCUCGCCCACACGCCACAUGCAACAUUAUCGCAGCAAUUCGCAGCCGAAUACGUUGCAGCGCGGCGAUUCAACCGCCUCCAGCAGCGGCCUGGCCACAAAUCUCGGCUGGCUGGAGCCCGUGCAGCAGCCCUCGAACGGCCAUAUGCAUCAUGUGCUCAAUGGCAAUGGCAAACUGAUGAAGUCCGCCUCGGCUGCAUCCCUAAACUCGCGUCGGCGCCGACACAAGACCGUGCACUUUGGCGAGAAUCUGUUGCGGGAGGUGUGCCAGAAUCGUAAGCUCAUCAAGACGGAGCAAGUGCCAUCGGGCUCGGCGCCCAUGAAGGCCAACAUACAGAUGCUCUACAAUUUUGUGGAAGGUGUGCUUAGCGCCUGGGUGGACGACGAUGAGGAUCAGGUGCGUUCCGGUGCCGAAUCGGAACCGGAGCACGGCCUCGUUGCUCUCCAGCCCAUACACCGUUGCAAUCGGCUGCGCUAUCAGUGCAUCAGGCGUGUCGUCGAGGAGGCAGCCGAUCUCCAGGGCACCCUCAAGCUGGGCAACUCACGUUAUCGCCAUCGGCACUGGCGCAGCACAGCCAAGCAGUGUAACGAAAUGUUCCUUCGCAAGAUCUCGGACGAUGAUCGAAUGAGCCUAACUACUGCCGUUUCGGAUGAAGAUGAUGGCGAAAGUGUCAUGGCGUCACCAUAUAAAGCAAAGGCCACUGGCACCGCUGCAUCCUCCUUCAACUGCACGGGCGCUGUGCGUAAAGCUGGCUUUCUAUCGGUAAAGAAAUGGUUAUUACGCAAGAAGCAUCAAAUCGAGCUGGCUCGCAAACGUGGCUGGAAGGGCUAUUGGGUGUGCCUAAAGGGCACCACACUCCUGUUCUAUCCGUGCGAUUCGCGUGAGGGUCGCAGCGUUGAGGCGGCGCCCAAGCAUUUAAUUAUUGUGGACGGAGCAAUUAUGCAGCCAAUACCGGAGCAUCCCAAGCGCGAUUACAUAUUCUGUUUGAGCACCGCAUUCGGUGAUGCCUAUCUGUUCCAGGCGCCCUGUCAGGUGGAGCUGGAGAAUUGGGUAAAUAGCAUACACAGCGCCUGUGCCGCUGCAUUUGCACGUCAUCGCGGCAAAACGGGCACGCUGCAUCUGCUGCAGGAGGAGAUCUUUCGCCUGGAGAAGGCCAUUGAAUCGGAUCACAAGCUGAAGCACAUGGCUGAGCUGCAGCAAUCAGUUGUCACCGAUCAGGAGACGCGCCAUCAAAUUCAGGCACAGAUUUUGCAAUGGGAGGAAAACCUUGAGCGCCUGCACUGUGAACAGUUCCGACUGCGCUGCUAUAUGGCCUCGCUUCAGAGCGGCGAGCUGCCCAAUCCAAAGUCACUGCUCACACACGUGUCGCGGCCGACGAAGAACACUUUAAAUAAAUUGGGAGUUUUUACGGUCUCGUCGUUCCAUGCCUUCAUUUGUGCCCGGUCGCCGUCGCUGCUCAAUAAUCUGUUGGCUGGACGUGGUGCCACCAAGCGACGACCUCCGAUGCUAUCUCGCUCCAAUAGCGGCUCCAGUCGCCGCUCCAUGCAGAUGAAUUCACGUGACGAGCCGGAAAAAACCUUCAAAGUUGCAAUGCCCGACAAUGCUUACUCGACAGUUUAUCUACGUGACGCGAUGUCUGUGGAGGAAUUCCUUGCCAGCGCCUGCGCCCGUCGCAACCUCAAUCCCAUGGAGCACUUUGUGCGCGUCAAGAAGCGACGUGACAUGGAGGAUCACAAUUACUUUGUGCCACAUCGCAAUGAUCUGAUUGAAAAUUAUCUACAUAAUCACGAAUUUGUGGAGGUCUGCAUGAAAAUACUGUACCAGGUCGAGCUGCAGCGCACCACAUUGGAGCAAAUGUGGGGCUUCUCGGUGGAAGCGGAGCUGAUUGAGAAUGCCGAACGGCAGGACGAGCUCUGUUGCUAUGUGAGCCGCGUCGAGGACAAAAGUGUCGCCAUGCACAAUGGCAUUAUCAAAGGAGACGAAAUAAUGGUCAUCAAUGGCGCGAUUGUUUCUGAUCUAGAUAUGAUGUACUUGGAGAGCGUGCUGCAGGAGGAGCAAUCACUCAGCAUGAUGAUGCGCUCCUCACGCACCGAGCCGCCAGAUCUAGUAGGCAUUAUGCGUGUGACGGAUGAUAUGAUUGACUCUCUGGUGUGCCCGCCGCCGCCCACAGAUCCGCCAGUGAUGAGCGAGGAGAUGAUAACUGGACUGAUUGUGCCAGCGCCCGGUUGGAAUGGAACUGGCAAGGAUUUGUAUUCACCUGAGGCGGAAAGCUCGCCGGCGCCCUCAUUUGUGGAGCCAACUGUGGCGCAAUUGGCAGUUGGCGCAGGCGGCGGAGUCUCGGCAUUGGGCGUGGCCAAGCCAACAUCGCGCACCAGCAGCUUUGAAAUUGAGAAUCUGCUAAAGACCGCGGAACAAGUUACCGGAUUUUGUCGUUCACCUCAGGAAACGCGCAAAUCGAGCCCCACGGGUUCAGUCACAUCGUCGGUCUCGACCACAGCGCUGACACCGUCGCGCCAACUGACCGAUGCCGAGAAACUGCGCAAAGUCAUCAUGGAGCUGGUGGACACGGAGCGCACCUACGUUAAGCACUUGAACAAUCUGCUGGAGCAUUAUCUGGAGCCCAUGAAACGCGAAACGUUUCUAUCGAAUGCGGAAAUUAAUGCGCUCUUCGGCAACAUACACGAGAUUGUUACAUUCCAACGCCAGUUCCUGCAGAAUCUCGAGGAGGCCCUCGAACUUGAGCCGGAAUUCAAUAAAUUCGAACACUGCGGUCAGUUUAGGAACGUCUUGUUUGCAAUCGGCUCGGCUUUUCUCUAUUAUGUCAAUCACUUCAAGUUGUACUCCUCGUUCUGUGCCAGCCACAGCAAGGCACAAAAGGUUUUGCAUCCAAACGAGGGCAACCAUGCACUGCAGGAGUUCCUUGCCGCUCGCAAUCCCAAGCAGCAGCACAGUAGCACCUUGGAAUCGUAUCUGAUCAAGCCGAUACAGCGCAUACUCAAGUAUCCACUGCUCCUGCAGCAGAUGCGUAAUCUAACAGAUACGCGCGCCGACGAGCACGUGCAUCUCUGCGAGGCGCUCAAGGGCAUGGAGAAGGUGGCGGAGCACAUAAAUGAAAUGCAACGCAUCCAUGAGGAAUACGGCGCAAUAUUUGAUCAUCUAUUCCGGCAGCAUCAGAAGUCAUGCAAGCAGCCAAUCGAUUUGAGUCCAGGCGAUUUGCUCUACUAUGGCGGCGUUGAGUGGCUGAACAUUUCCGAUUUUCUGGGCAAGAUCAAGAAAGGCCUGGAACUGCAUGCCAUGUGUUUUGUAUUCAAAUCGGCGGUUGUGUUUCUCUGUAAAGAGCGUUUGCGUCAAAAGAAGAAGCUAAUGGGCGUCUCAAGCAAGAAUGCACCAAAUGAGGUCGAAAUUAUACGAUAUCAGGUGCUGAUACCCGUCACCGAGGUGCAGGUGCGCGCCAGCUCUGCCAAGGACAUGGAUUCGCACUUCCUCUGGGAGCUAAUACACUUGCGCUCGCAGCUGCAGCGCCGCUCUGAGAAGGUCUAUGUGCUGUCCAAUAGCACCGCCGAUUUUCGCAAUGCAUUCCUCAAGACGAUCAGGCAAAUAAUACGCGAGAGCGUGCGGAACAUGUCAAUUCCCAUGAAAAACUUUGGCGGCAGCUCGGGUUCCGUUUCGGGUCUCUCCUCCCAGCUGGGCGGCUAUGCGGGCAACUCGCAAACGCUGGAGCGGCCCAAGCAGCAGAUCACCAUCGUUCAUGGUUCUCAUACGCUGGGCAAGCCAAAGAAGAAGUCCGGCUCACAACGUCAUUCGGCCGGCAAUAUUGACUACGACAAUCUGUCGGGCAGCCAGGAGGGCGAUGAGCUGCCGCCAAAUAUGGCCGGUGUCGUGCACUAUGUGCCACUCUCACACGCACAGCAACUGCAGCAACCAGGCGGCUUUCGCAGUCGCAGCAAGACGCUGGGCGAUGUGACAGAAAUCAUUUACACCUCCAUAGAUCCGCAACAGACACAACAGCCGCAACCGCAGCAGCAGCAGCAACAGCAGCAGCAGCAGCAGCAACUUGUGCAACAGUCGGUGGCGCCGCAUCCACAUCCGCAUCCACGCGAGCCACCGCCGCCGCCCAUAAGGCAGCCGCAUUUGCAUCAUCACAGCAGCGACAUUGAACGCAUCGAUCCGGGCACCAAAUCGGAGGGCGAGGAGGAUUCACAGCAGGGCACAAUCAGGCCCAAGGCUACGCUGGGCCGCACGCCCAAUCACCUGACGCUCAGCACCACAUCGACGCUCUCGGUGGGCAGCACUGGCAGCCAGGCGCGCUUGAUACAAUCAUCGCAUCCGCCAGCCAGCUAUCAGCCGGUGCUUAUGAAGGAUCUAGGUAAGAGCAGCCUAGAUAUAGUUGCCGGCGAAUCCGAGCACGAGUCGGAAUCCGAGGCGCAUGCCGCACACGUGGCAGCCACGUUUAAUUUAAGCCUAGGCAGUAGUGGUAGCUUUUUUGCAGCAACAGUCAGUAGCGAUACGAAUCCGAAUCCGACUUUGACCCAGACACUGACCCAAACUCAGAGCCAGACCAUGAGACAUUUGUCGCCGCGACAGUCGCCGCGUCAGUCGCCCAAGCAGGAGAUCGAGGUGAUUGAGAUCUUUGAAAGCGAAUCGGAGCGUUUGGCCGCCUCCCAGCAGGUAGCCGUGGUGCAUCAGCAUCCCAGGGGCGCAGCGGAGUCGCAGCACAAGCGUCGCGAACGUGAUGCCAACAACGGCUCAGUCACUGGCCAUGUGACCGAAUCAGAUGCCACUACGCGUUUCAUGGACAAGCAUCUGUGCGAGCUGGAGCAAGAGGAUCUGGCAGCGGGCAUCUGUGACAUAGCCGCCUACAUGGCCAACUUGCGCGAGAAGGCCUUUGAGCCAGCGGAUGCCGGUGAGGAGGCUGCUGAUCAGCAGCAAAAUGACUCCAGCCUCUCGCCCGAGCCACAGACCAUUGUGGAGAAUACACAGCAGAUCGUGACCGUAGAUAUUGAGUCGCCGUCGAGUCGACCUGCCACCGAAUCGGACAGCACUGGCGGCAACACAACUGGACCAUCGGAGCGGUCCGGCGAUGAGACCGAGGAUGAGCCAACCAGUUCGCUAGCCUCGCACAUUGUUGUCAUCGACAAGAAGGUGGACAAGGUAUUCAAGGCCAAGUCUCCAGAGCGAGCGACUGCUGCGGCCGGCGCCAAGCCGAAAAGCGGCAAGCGUCAGAGCAUCUACAUUUCGCCAGAUCGCUGCAAAUCCCAGGGCAGCUCCCCGGUGCGCAUCAUUAAGAUAAAAUCGCCGCGUAACAGCGUCAGCGAUCAGGGCAAACGUUUGAGCAUCUGCUCCAGUCGCGAGAACUCGCAGGAUCGCCUCUCCGGCGGACGGCGCACGCCCAGUCCGCGUCGCAGCUCUGAGGGUGGCGGCGGUAUCUUGAAGCACACAAGUCCUAGCGCGGGCAUACUGAAGCCACCGGCUAGCCCGGCCAAGUCAAAGAGUCCUGAUCGCAGCUGCCUGAAGAAGGGCGGCGCCUCGCAUGUAUGUGCAAUGGAGCCAACAACCACCACGUUGUCGCCACGCAUCUCGCCUCGUGGCAGUGUGGAUCAUUUGUCGCCGGACCGCGCCAGCAUUUGCCAGCGCCAUUCGCCGCGCAGCAGCUUCGAUAGCCACGGCGGCUCCGAUCAUAAUCUGGAUGUGCCCUACGGCGGCGGCGGCGGCUCACGGAAGCGCAGCAUGUCUGCCCAUGGCAGCUUUGAGACGGGCAACAAGCCGCACGCCCAGGAGACAUAUCAGUAUUAUCCGGUUUAUGACAAUCAAACUUGCAGCGAUCAUUAUGUGGCUGCCGCGCCCACCACAAGCAGAUAUGGCUCCGGGAAUGGACGCAGUCGACUAAGCAAAUCCCUAGAGCGGUCCACCUCGCGUGACAGCACCACCACGAGCAGCUCCUAUCGCCCCUAUGGCGUCUCGCCCGAACGCAACUAUGUCGUCUAUAGCUCUGGUCCGCUGCGCUCUCAGUCGGCGGAGAAUACAUUCUCGCAGCCCAUCUAUGAUGCGCUGCCCAGGCAGGCGCCUCAGCAAUAUAUGCCCAUGGUUAGCUAUAUGCAGGAUAUGGAUAUGGGCUAUGGACAGCCGCCGCCUAGCUGCCCGCAUGAUCCGGCCCAGCAGGCGGUCUAUCAGCUGAGCUCCUCGGCGCCCGAAUACACCACAUGCAUUGACUGUCUGUACCAGAAGCGACCCUCCUAGCAUAAGCCCCGCGUGCGGCAAAGUCGCACGCGGAAGAAGACGCCACGCGGCCUAAGCGGGAUGCCCGGCAUGGUGGUUAGCACACAGCCCACAGCCAGCGGCGGCAUUGGCUACAUGCCCGACAUGGGCAGCGAUCAGGCAGGCGGAUGUGUUGAUUGCCAUGAUUAUUUCGAAAUACACGUCUAAAGACGUACCAACUGACAAAAGACCCCAUGAAAAAAAUAGGGGGAAUUAAGAGUGAGGGAGAGACACAAAAACAGGGAUUUUAUGAGAUCUAUUAAAUAUACGAGUAGUUGAAUUAAAACUCAUUACAAAAGCGCAACCAAAGAUAACAUAAAACAACAACAACAGCAACCCAGAAUGCCUCAAGAAUUUUACAAAAACUAUAAACAAAAUGGAAAUAUAACCGCUCAGCUCUACAAAGAUACUAACAUAUACGUAAACUCCAAUGCAAACUAUAUAAAAACGUUAAUCAAAACUUGAACACAAGGGAUUGAAAACAAAUACUUAUACGCAGCACACACACACACGCAUAGCACACACACAACACACACACACGCACAACAGGACAGUUAAGAGUCAUGUUUAAGUGUUAGAUUAAGCUCUUGGUAUAGCUUUUAGGAACACUCAACUACAUCUUCAGAGCACAACUUUUUUUUUUUUGUGGGGUGCGGCGGGUUCUAAAAAGUUGCAGCUGCAAUUUGUGGCCGUGCCCCCUGGCGCCUCCCCCCUGGGUGAGUGUGUGUGUGUGUGCUUGGCACAUCAGGUUAAUUAUUUUGGUUUUAGAGAGAAAAACAAAUUUUGGGGCGUUAUUUUUAAGGCUAUGAUUUACACAAAAUGGCGGAAGUUCUGCAUGCUGCGUGCGGCAUUACGUAUACGCACAUGACGCAUACGCCGCGUUGCACACAAUGCUCAAGUGGCGUAAUUACGACUAAAAACUAAAGUUGAAAUUCAUACUCGCACUCAAGUAAACUAAGAGACAUACAUGCCCAACUUACUAACAACCACACACAUGCACACACAUGCACACGCACACGCACAAGCACACGCACACGUACACGUACACUACGGCAAAAAAUAGGUACUUAUAUAUAGGAUAAAAGUUGUAAGUAAUGCCAGUCGUUCCAACUAUUAGCUGUGCAAACUGUGUCACUGGCAUUUCCGGAAUCGUAAGAAAAAGUUUUUAAUUACACGGCUCGCAAGAUUGAAAAUGAUUGCAGCUGCUCCGGGGUGCAAAAUACUCGUGUGUAUUUUAGUUUAAGUCUAAGUGAAUAAUGCGGGUUGGCAACAUUCUAUAGGUUAACAUUAUACAUACUACCUAAAAAAAAAAUACAAAACAAAAAACAGGAUAAAAAAAAACAAAAAUGAAUAUUU